AGUUGUUUAUUAAUCAAAUUUGUUCAAAGAGCGGCAUCAUAUAAGUAGAGAGGGCUAUCUGACGUUUAAUAUACAAUUAAACGUCACAAGUUUGAGCAUUCGUUUUGACUCAAGUAAUGAAAGAUACACAUAUUUUUCCUAAACACUUGUUUUCAACUAAAAAGAAGUCAUGGAUAUAUGCAACGGGAUAAGGCGAAAGAUAAGAACCCCAAGAAGUCUGCGGGCUUUCAAAAGGCUGGUUGAAGCACAGAACGCCAAAAUGAAGACGAAACGGGAGGUAAAACAAGAGGUGGUCAAAGUCUUGAGGGCGCUGGUGGUAGGGAACAACAACGAAGACAUCGAUGUCCCUAUGGAGGAGGACUGUUUCUCAAUGAACUUUUCCAAGAACGAGAACCUGGAGCAUAUAGUAAUGGCACCACGAUACAAUCUGUUGCGGGAGGUGGGAAGGGGCAGCUAUGGGGUAGUGUUCGAGGCAAUUGCUCUGAGGACUGGGGCAAGGGUAGCGGUUAAAAAACUGCAGUGCAACGCUCCCGAAAAUGUGGAACUCGCUCUGGCCGAAUUCUGGGCCUUGGCAAGCCUGGAGACGAAACACGAGAAUGUGGUGCAGCUCGAGGAAUGUGUGCUACAAAGGAAUGGCAUGGCCCAGAAAAUGAGUCAUGGAAAUAAAAGGUCCAAACAAUACCUGCGGUUGGUGGAGACUUCAUUAAAAGGUGAGCGGAUUCUGGGCUACCCAGAGGAGCCGUGCUACCUGUGGUUCGUCAUGGAGUUCUGCGAGGGCGGGGACCUCAACCAGUACAUCCUGUCACGGCGGCCUGACCCGCGCACCAACAAGAGCUUCAUGCGUCAGCUGACCAGCGCCGUGGCCUUCCUGCACAAGAACAACAUUGUGCACCGCGACCUCAAGCCCGAUAACAUCCUCAUCUCCCAGAAGUCGGGCUUUCCUGUACUCAAAGUGGCCGACUUCGGCCUCAGCAAGGUCUGCGCUGGCUUUGGCGCUGGUGGCAACGAUGGCGAUGAGCACCCCACAGCUGGUGGCGGGGACGGCAGCAACAACAAGAACGUGAACAAGUUCUGGCUGUCGUCGACUUGCGGCUCGGACUUCUUCAUGGCGCCCGAGGUGUGGGAGGGCCAUUACACGGCCAAGGCUGACAUCUUCGCCCUGGGCAUUAUCAUCUGGGCCAUGCUGGAGCGGAUCACCUUCAUUGACGCAGAGUCGAAGCGCGAGCUGCUAGGCACCUAUGUGCGGCAGGGCAGCGAGAUCGUGCCAGUGGGCGAGGCGCUGCUGGGAAACCCCAAGAUGGUCCUCCAUAUCCCGCAGAAGACACGCAGCACCAUGUCGGAGGAGGUGAAGAAGCUGCUGCAGGACAUGCUGGCGGUCAACCCCCAGGACCGGCCCGACGCCUUCCAGCUGGAGGAGCGGGUGGACCAAGUCACGCGUGCUGCGUGACACUCCUCCCGUUCCCCUUUCCAACCCCUGGUCAGUCAGAGAAGGGACUGCUCUUUUACCAGAUUGGUAUACAAACUGAAGGUGGGAUUCCACAUCUGUACAGAGGUGUAAAAAGGGACUAUGAACUGUGAAACCUCUACAAUUGCUCCUAAAUGUGAAAGAAUGGAGGGUUUGCGGUCAGCGCUUCUACAAUCAGGACACCUUUAUCGGGAAAGCUAUGCAAUAAGUCAUAUGAGAAGUCAGGUCCUCUCCCCUUCCCCCACCGCACCUUUUAUUUUUAAAAAGCCGAAAGACAUUCACCAAUGGACGACGGUCAGGUAUGCCGUCGUCCUUGGCACACCUGGUUUGGAAUGGGGGCGGCAGUAGCCUUGAGGUUGGAGAAGCAGGCCAGCAUCUGGAGGGUUGCCGGUUCGAAUCCCACUGCUGAAGAGGGCAAAAAUAUGGCGGGAGUGAACCAGCAGGUGCCACCUACUUCUCCAACCUAAUGUGUGGAUGUGUGUGUGUAUAUCUGGGGGGUUAGAUAAAAUGUCCAUCCUGUAGGGACUAAUAAAGUAUAUCUUAUCUUAAUGGCCACAAGGAGUAAUAAUGAUUUGUUAUUUGAUGAGCUGGUCUUCAAAAUACAUUUUUCUCAAUGUUGUUUUUUUAUUUGAAUUGGUUCGGACAUGUACUGAUUCUUCCUUCUUCUCCGAUGUUGACGUGUGUUGGAUGGGGCCACAGGCUAGUAUGGAUGGAUAAUCGUUCAUGUAUAUACCGGAGAGGAUAACAUGUUGCACUGUGUACCCUCUAUACCAGAGUUUUACAAAGUAUUCCUAAAACGACCGACGCUAAUGAUGUAGAAGAAGGGACUUGUAUACUGUGAAUUGGAAAUGUGAAUUCAGUUCAAUACAACUUCAUUUAUAGACAAUUUAGAAAGGUGGGUUAUAUUGGGUAGUUCAGUACACAGCGCCCCAUGUCCCCCGUCCUCAAUGUGGACACAUUGCACUAGUAUCAACCAAGCAGCAUCAUCAACACCCCUGUUCCCCUCCCUCUACACCCUUGUGCCUUAUUAGACUUUCAUCAAAUGGAGGGGUAACCAAUUUGAUUCCCAAGUAGUUUGAUGUUUUUUUUAUUUUUACAUGCAGUAUAUCAUUUUCCCUUGGUAGCAGGCCUAUAUAAUAUGAUAAUAUUAUGUCGUGCAUUUGAAGCCAAACGGUGCCAUCUCCCUAUAUAAGAUCAUAAAAUGGUUUUAGGGGAAUUACCUAUUGCGUAAACCAAAUUGUACCAGAGUUGUGGACACUGAUGUCACAUAAUUUAAUAUUGGGCUAAAUAUAAAUUGAUUAUGUUAUAUAUCCCAAAUAUUUGGUAUGAAAUGGAAUCGUGUUAAUUUCAGACCGAAAAAUUUACUGAUUAGCUAGUAAGUGCGAUGAAAAGUCUUAAGUUAUUGUAUGUCACUCACCAUUAACUUGACAUUGACAGUGUCUUUUUUUAUACAGAAAUGAAUAAUGAAAUGUAACUGUUGGCUACUGUGAGCAUGUUAUGGUUUCAAUGUGAGGUUUGUGUAUGAAGAUUCAGGACCCUCACCAAAAGGGAUUUUCGACUCACUUUAAGCCUAGUGCCAAUUAAGGGCAAAGCAGGCAACUUUGAGUGCUUCGAAAUUCCUUUUAAACUCUCAUUUACUUCUUUGACUUUGGAUUUUGUUACCAUAACAUUUGCUGAUAACAUGUAAAUAAUGCUAUGGAAUGGGAUCAAAAGGACCUCUGAUCUUUGUAAUUGAAUGGUUUUUGAAUAUCUGUUGGAGGUUCUUCAGUUUAGGAUUGUUUGGCAUUGGUAAUAAUUCCCCCAAGUAGCACCACGACUUAAAAAGUAUAUAAAAAAAUCCCAGUUUCCUCGUUCACCAUAGAGCCGUUUUUAGUCGUGUCACUUCACUAUAAACAAGAUGUGUGUGGGAAUAACAGUUGAAUGGACAGAUACUAUUGUACACACACAAAAACGCAUAGUCAUCGUCGUCGUUUUUCAAACACUACCACUUAAGAGACUACCUUCUAGAUUGUGAAGUGUCUUUUUGCAAUGUUUCUGACUUCCUAGUAUUUUAGUAAGUCCGAGUGACAAUACCCGUUCACGUAAUGGUUGACAGUCUAAACCAGGGCUGGAUCUUUCCUAAAAGCUAAUCCUGGAUUGCAGAAUGUGGACUUCAGCAAGCACCAACCAACAAACAGUUGAACCACAGCAUAUUGGGCAUGUUCCCUGUUAUCUAUUCGCUUUUAUUUUAAGUGAGCACGGUAGUUGACGAUUGAUUCAUAGACAUGUUUACAGCUAUUGACAAACACUCAAUCUGUUUUUGAUAGUCUGGUCCUACCUCAGUCUCCUCCUUCUCUGACCGUUGUCUUUCACUAGACCGUCUCACUAGAUUACUUUUAAACUGGUUUCGGUCUAGACCUGUUUCAUUUGCGUUUUUAGAGGGCCAUUUCUUUAAUUGUGAUCGGUUUAGACCCGAGUCAGUUUUUCUUUAACCUCAACCAACCUCACUGGUCAAACUCCUCUAAGACGCUUUUAGAUGUGUUUUUUUUAUUUUCUCCGCUACCGUUAGCUACUCUGAUCGCCGUUUGAGAUUUUGAAUACUUUACCUUCAAGCUUCGCUGCAGAUAACACUUAGCUUUUGCCUUUUUAGAUUUUUUUAUUUUUUUUUACAGAUAAUCUCAGAAGUUAACACACCUCUUUCUCAGAUACCUCUAUUUUAAUGUUAGACUGUACACCCAGUGACACUCAGCUUUACUUAAGAGACCAGUUUGUUACCUGGAAAACCUCUGACCUCUUUCGGUGUUAAGUAAGUGAGCACUCCCUUUAACGUCAUGGCAACGUCUACUGUUGCAUGACUACUCUACAUUCAUGUUUUACGUUGAAAUAUACUGUAUAUGAUAAGGGAACUGAAGCUCUUUCCGCCACCUAUUGUUCAUACAUAAUGUUGUAUCUUGUUGGGAGUAGUGAAGACUUUGUGUGUAGGUUACAUGUGUAUUGCCAUGGUUUAAGGGGAGCACUAGUCAUAAAGCCACGGUAAUGAUUAUGCUUAAAAACCAACCCACUCCUCUAUGCAACCUUCUUUCACUGUACAAGGAACCAAACCAUUUGUUCUGUUCUGUUUGCGCUCCUGAACUACUACUUCUUUCAGCACCUAUGUCAAAGUGUGUAUACAGUACGCAUCAUGUAAACUAUGAACUUUUUGUUCAAGAAGCUAACUUGAGCCAUUAGAUGUUUUUAGUAAAGCAUCUUUUUUUUGUUGUUGCUGUAAAUGUUUGACAACUUCAGUUUCUCUUGAAAUAAAUUAUAAAAAAUAAGUCUUUUUUUUUAUUAGGGCCAAAUCAUCAGACCAAAUCUUUCAUUACACAUGCCAAAAACUGCAUUUUAUAAUUAAUUGUCCAAUAUACAUUGGGCUCAAACAAACCUCUGCUAGCAGUCUAAUCCUUUAUGAACUGGUUGAACCACCUAUAGUAUCUAACCACCGAGUACAUGGCACAACUAGAAUAGACAGAUUGCAUUAUAACAAAUUAUACUCCCACAUUUAAGAAUGUAUGACCAUUUUGGUCCUAGUCUUUACAAAUGUAAUUUAUUCUAAUUUAUAGUCGUCAACCUCUCAGACUAGGCUGUGUUAUGUCUGUCUGUCAACCAGCCCCCUACUGUCUGGUGGUCAUCUGAUUGCAACUGAUCUGCAGCAGACUGGGAUUCCUGUAUAUCUGUUUUAGUGCUACCACCCAUUCACUGUAGGGCAAACAGCCGCUCUGAUCCAAAGGUGUGGGAGACUGCUGUGGGAAACUACUUAGUCCAUUUGGGCCUCCACUAAAUAUACAGCACAGGGGGCUGCUGAGCGGAGGACGGCUCAUAGUAAUGGCUGGAAUAAAUGGAAUGGUUUUGAACAUUGAUACCAUUCCAUUCACUCCAUUCCAGCCGCUAUUGUGAGCCGUCAUCCUCUCAGCAGCCUCCUGUGCUCUAUUUGUCUGUAAAUAAAUGUGCUAACUAAAUCAUCGUAGUUGGCGUAGGCUACAUUUCCAGUCUGAUCAUUUUAUUUCGGUUGUAAGAUGUCAGUCUUCCAUGCAUCUUUUUCCUGUUUUGAUUUAGUUCAGAUGGUCUGCUAGUUUUAUUCUACAGGUUUUCGUUGCAACCAGGUUUUUUCUGUGGCUCGGAUUUCCGUGUAAUCUCCGUUAGUAGCUUUUAAGAAAUCCAGUGGUAACCCGCAGGUUCUGUGUCUUCGUUGCAAUACUAUGGUUUUAACGAGCUCAACACAUUACCCUGUCUCUCACCAUUGUAUUCCUCAAAAAUAACAUUAUUGUUUGUACUGUUAUUAUAUAACUGGGUGUUUUAUACGCUUCAUAUAUUGUUCAUUGAGGUGGAUCCCUGAAAAUGAAUACUAAUA